AAGCGUGCCAUCGAGAGCCUGGUGAAGAAGCUCAAGGAGAAGAAGGACGAGCUGGACUCGCUCAUCACCGCCAUCACCACCAACGGUGUGCACCCCAGCAAGUGUGUCACCAUCCAGAGGACCCUGGACGGACGCCUGCAGUUACUGAGAUGUUUCUCGCCAUUGAACUGCCCAAUACAACGGCCGGAGAAGGGGAUGGGGAAAUAUGCCCAUUCCUACCCCUCACAUUAGUGGAACCUUUCACGAGCCCACGAGAAGCAGCUCUGGCGAUAGAUCCAGACCUCCCACAGCAGGCAGUGCCCCGUCAGAUCCAGAGAGAUGGAAAGGAGCUGAACUCGACGACAAAGCCGCUGCUGGAGUCAGCGUAGUUGGAGUCAGCUCAGCCGUCGCAGACACAGGCAGUCCCAGCGAUAAAAACGCAGGUAGAUCAGGCACGAGGGCUGCGAAUAUCAGUCCUCAGGGUAAGACCCAGAUGCAGACAGUUCAAAGUAACAGAAGUUUAUUACAAAAACAGGGGGCAGGCAAACGACAGGUCAAGGGCAGGCAGAGGUCAGUAAUCCAGAGCAGAGUCUGAAAUGUACAGAAUGGCAGGCUCAGGGUCAGGGCUGGCAGAAUGGUUAAAACUAGAAAACGGACUAGAGAGAAAACAACAGGAGUACGGGAAAACGUUGGUAGGCUUGACGAGACAAGACGAACUGGAAACAGACAAACAGAUAACACAGGUAUAAAUACACAGGGGAUAAUGGUGCAGAUGGGCAACACCUGGAGGGGGGUGGAGACAAGCACAAAGACAGGUGAAACAGAUCAGGGUGUGACAGCUAAGCUAUUCCUCAUGAUAAUCUUCUCCGGACCUCUUGCAGACACUCCAGUUCACUUAGCAGCAUGCCGCUGCCUUUGGUUUCCACGUUACUUGUGACAUGGGACCAGCGCUGAUUGGAACAAUCCUCUUGCUGUUCUUCGUCUACUCCGCUACAAGAUGGAGGAUGAGAAGCAGUUGGAGGUGACUUCCUUGACAGGCAGGCUCCAGGUAGCACAGGCCACUCAGAUAGGGACAGCUGACAAGGUGGGGAUACAUCCAUGAAGCCCGAGUGGCAUCCAGCCACAGGUGUUGAGAACGAGAAAGUUUGCGCAGAAUUGACAUUUGCUUGCUAAGGAUAGCCACCUUAUUCCUGUAAUCCUCCGCAAGCAAACAAUUGCUGUACUGUACUCCUGAUUGUCAAUAUUGUCCUGGACAAGAGCAUAAUAAACACAGUUUCUACCGUGCUGGAAACUUUUGUUAGUUAUUCCAGGCGAAGCAGGCUCCAUUGCAACCUAGCUAGCUAGCUGGCUAGUUGAUAGCAGGUUUUGACACAAACACUUAUGAACAAAUAAAACAAAAUCGAACUUCGAAAACAACUGCACAAAAUAACAGGUCGAAGUGCAGGAGGUAUCUGAAUUUGUGAUGAGUUCUUGGCAGGAAAUCACUUAUAAUUUAUCUGUUGCCAACCUAGGGGUCAUGACCUACUCAGAAAGCAUAUUUAGAACUUUUAUUAUUCAAAAACAUAAAAUACUGUCAAAUACUGGCAUUAUUUCAUCUUCAAUAAAUGUGCAAACAUUUCUAAAAACAUGUUUCACUUUCAUUAUGGAUUAUUGUGUGUAGAUAAAAAAUAAAAAUAAUAAUUGAAUUCUGGCUGUAAUACAACAAAUCAUGGAAUAAGUCAAAGGGUAUGAAUACUUUCUAAAGGCACUGUAUAUUGACACCUGCAGAAUGGUCACCUUUAGCACACAUAGAGAAAUGUAAGUAGUACACAGUACAGGCCUAUUGAUCCUGGGCAAAGUGUAAAAAAAUACAGUAAACCUCAAUCUUGCAUUAUGAUUUAAUUUGAAACUUGUCUUUAACAAUGUUUGAUAUGAGGAGGCUAACACGACUCAGGAUAAGACCCAGAUGCAGACACAGGAGGCAGACAGGUCGAAUUCCAAAUGUUUAUUACAAGUGGGGCAGGCAAACGGCAGUUCCAGGGCAGGCAGAUGUCGGUAAUCCAAGAAAAUGUAAAACAGGGACAGAAUGGCAGGUUUAGGGUCAGGGCAGGCAGAAUGGUCAGAACUGGGAGGACUAGAAAACAGAAACUAGAUAUACUGGAAUACGGGAGAACACGCUGGAAGGACUUGACAAGACAAACGGCAAUAGACCAACAGAAAACGCAGGUUGCAGGGAGGAAAGGCUUCCCCCAUGUGAUCUACGCUCGAUUAUGGCGCUGGCCAGACCUACACAAGAAUGAGCUAAAGCAUGUAAAGUUCUGCCAAUACGCCUUCGACCUCAAAUAUGACAAUGUGUGUGUCAACCCUUACCACUAUGAGAGAGUGGUUUCGCCCGGCAUUGUUGGUCUCAGUCUCCAAAAUACAGCCCUCUCUCCUCUAGGCCCCCCUGGGAGGCUGAUCAAGGAGGAGUAUAUUCAUGACUGUAUCCAGAUGGAUAUGCCACUAGGCAUAUCCCCCCACCCAGGGGCGCUCAAGCUACAGCCUCCGGACCACUACGGCCAGCCACUCCCGCCUCUGCAGCUCCCUCCUGAACCGCAGCGGGCCCCUCUGCCCAUCACCCUCUACCCCAACAUGCCCCUCUCACCCACAGUGUCCGGCUCUAUGCUGCCUCUCCAGGGAGGUCACAGUGAGGGGCUCCUACAGAUAGCCUCUCCUCAGGGUCAGGUCAUGACCCCUAUGACCCCCACGCCGCCCCCCUCCACCCCAACACACGGGCUGCCACACGGGUCACCGCAGAACCCCCAGCCACCCCAGCCCCCGCCUGGUCAGAAUGGAUACAACAGCUCCAAACACACACAGUCACAGGCUGCGUUCCACACAACUUGGACAGGUAGUAGCACAGCCUCCUACACUCCUGUGGGACCCCAACAACAGAAUGGGCGUGGCCACCAACAGCCUCCUCUCCACCAUCCAACCAGCUUCUGUAAGUUUGCCAGUUACAGGUCUCAGCAUCAUGGCUCAGCCUCAUUUCCUCCCCCUGUGUCCAAUCAUCCAGGGCCAGAGUUCUGGUGCUCCAUCUCCUACUUUGAAAUGGAUGUGCAGGUGGGGGAGAUGUUCAAGGUACCGGCUAGCUGCCCGGUGGUGACGGUGGACGGCUACGUGGACCCCUCAGGGGGUGACCGCUUCUGUCUGGGCCAGCUAAGCAACGUCCACCGUACCGACGCCAGCGAAAGAGCCAGGUUGCACAUAGGUAAAGGAGUGCAGCUGGAGUGUCGUGGCGAGGGAGAUGUGUGGAUGCGUUGUAUGAGCGACCACGCCGUGUUCGUGCAGAGCUAUUACUUGGAUCGAGAGGCAGGUAGAGCGCCAGGCGACGCAGUACACAAGAUCUACCCCGGCGCCUACAUCAAGGUGUUUGACCUGAGACAGUGUCACAGGCAAAUGCAGCAGCAGGCAGCUACAGCGCAGGCAGCGGUAGCAGCUCAGGCUGCCGCCGUGGCAGGCAACAUCCCUGGGCCAGGCAGCGUUGGAGGCAUAGCCCCUGCAGUCAGUCUUUCUGCAGCAGCAGGGAUAGGUGUGGACGACCUCCGGAGGCUGUGCAUCCUGCGUCUGAGCUUUGUGAAGGGCUGGGGCCCUGACUACCCCCGGCAGAGCAUCAAACAUACCCCCUGUUGGGUGGAGGUACACCUGCACCGGGCUCUGCAGCUGCUGGACGAGGUACUACACACCAUGCCCUUGGCCGACCCAGGACCUGCUAACUGAGUAAAAGGAAAGAGGAUCAGUUAAAAAUCCAUACGGGGUUAAAAACGUACAAUCACACACACACACACACACACACACACACACACACACACACACACACACACACACACACACACACACACACACACACACACACACACACACACACACACACACAGCAGUAAAAAUUUAUGUUUUUGUCAUACCCGUGAUAUGCUGUCAGCCAAUCAGCAUUCAGGGCUCGAACCACCCAGUUUAUAAAGGCUGAUACAGAUUGAUACAUGCACAUACAACCACAUGCAUGUUUCUGUUCUAUAUAACGCACACAAUGUAGAGCUACUCAAAGCCCCACAAAGGCUAUCCUCUAUUUCUCCGUCACACACAGACACACACUCAAGCAGCCAACAAUCACUGCACUCUCCUUAACCACUUGUACUGUCUCCCACACGCCCAUGCAACCAUUAACCAAACCUGUGGGCAUGCAGAUAUAAAACUACUGAUGUCCUGAUCAUACUUUCCAUGUUUUGUGAACAUUAAUUAUUGUUUCACAGCACAAACACCACAAAGCAGCCUUGACCCCUGAAUUACCUUUCAUAGAGGUUCUAUAUUAUAGUAUAAACAGGUAACAUUAGUGAAAAUGUAUACUGAGUAAUUUAUGUUUAUUCUUCUAUUCUCUACAGAAAUAGAAAUGCACUGUAGAAAUCUAGGGAUGCAUUUCAGAGAUCCAGUGUUCUGACAUGAUACAAGCACUUUAGUACUCCUCAAAUGCACACACAAUCCACACUUGCUCAUUUCCUUCUUACAUACACACACACACACACACACACACACACACACACACACACACACACACACACACACACACACACACACACACACACACACACACACACACACACACACACACAUCAGAAAUCCAGAGAUGACCCAAACCCAGGAGGACUAAAGAUCUUGACCUAAAUAACUCAUGAACAAUUUGUCAAACACAAAUCUCACACUACAAAAUCAGAUUUGGAUUCCGAUGUUAACCUAGAAGAUGUACAGAGUUUUUGGUAAAUCCAGACCAAUAGAACAGAUGCUUUAUAUCGGUGAUUAGAACCUGGGUCACAGAACCAAAAUGUCUCAGAACUGUGAAGAACACCAGAGUGAUGGAACCAGUGUCCUAAUUAAUCUAGCCAGCCAUCCUUUUGUCAUCUCUGUGUAUGUGUUGUGUUCUCCUGUGUGUGGAUCUCAACUCAAAUAGUUAGUCAUUCUUAUCUUGUUAGCCCUAUAAUAACACAGGGCACUUUUCUCAAGCUAAUUUAUUUUCUUACCAAAAGAUGAAAAAAGCCAAAAAAACGUAAGCUUUAAAAUAGUGGUGUGGGUAUUUGUGAUGAAGCAGUACAGUGUAUGUAACCAAACAGUUUGCCACACGGCGGAACUCACUAAAGCCAGAAUACCUCAUGAUAACAGUGUAAACCCACAUUUUGUCUUUCAGCCAAAACCUCAGACGCUCAGUAUUUUCUCUUGUAAGUUCCUCCUUAAGGCGUCCGCAUGCUUCCCAGCCGAAACAGUUUGUGCAUAUAUUAUGACAACAUUUUGUGAGGUUUUUGUUUGUUUUGGACUUCGGUAAAGAGUUUUUUCAGCAGUUCGGGUACACAAAUGUUUUUCUCGAGGCCAGCCGACGUUCAGGAGCCGAAGUCUACGCCCCCUUCGUCCGUAAUUAGUCAACUGUGGGGAUUCUUCAAUAAAGUCUUUGGGUGUGUUUGUAAAUUGCCUUCAGUGUGUCAGAGUGCGCUCUGGGUCGUUCGUAAAUUCGCUCUCGGCGAGUUCAGAGCGCACACUGGAUUCUCUGGCUGACGAGUAGGGUUGAUCCGAGUGUUCUGACCUCAACAGCAGUCAAGCACCCAAGCUAACUGGCUAAAGUUGGUUAGUUUGCUAGCUACUUGCAGGCACAAAUGAGAGAACACGUCACUCUGACCAUUUUACUCGCCCUAGCAGAGCUGGUUAGGCUGUUUUCAUGUUAUCUAGAGCAUUAGUGACUUUAACUGUGCUGCUGGCGACAAUUAAAUUCAGUUUUUUUGCAGACACUGGUCAUAUUCAUUGGGUGUUGCACAUUUGUAAAUUCAUCAGUUAUGCUGUGCUCUGGCACACUCAGACAAGAGUGCUCUGAAAUCGGAGUAAAUAGUCCGAGUAAAUUUACGAAUGCAUGGUUGUCACUCAAUGAGAAACGACUUGUUUUCAUGCUAAUUGUUUCCUUGAGAAAUACUGCACCUUAGUUAGAUGUAAAAUUACACGACUAAGAUCUCCCAUGCAAAAACGUCAAAAUGAAUGACAGAUUUCUUGAGUUAUCUUAGAUUCAUUCUGACUUUUGAGGAAGUGUAUACUGGACAAACAGUACGAUUGACACUUUUUUCUAAUUUUUCAAGGGAGUAUGCGAGCACACUUUCGGUUCGCCUAGCCAAAUUUGGCUAGCCGUCAGCCGAACUGAAGCAUGCUGACGCCUUUAAAGCCUCAUAUCACACUAUGCCUUUCACCAAAUUAAUAUAAGAUGGAAUAUGGAAUAGACCCACAAUGAAGCCUUGGGGAACACCAAGACAUGAUCCCGGCAGUUAUACAGUAGUUAUUAGGCUUUAAAAGUUGAAAUCCAGUGACUCGUGGGAAUAAUGUUUUGAGAAGAAACCCAACACAACUUGUAAAAAUAUAAUUGUAAUAGGAUGCCCCAACUUUGGAUACAAUGAGUCAUUCUCAAUCAGUUUAAAUUAGGCCAUAAUAAUAUCACUUAUACAGUGACAAAAUAUUAAGAACACCUUCCUAAUAUUGAGUUGCACCCCCUUUUGCCCUCAGAACAGCCUUAACUCGCACGGACAUUAGCUCUACAAGGUGUCAAAAGUGUUCCACAGGGAUGCUGGCCCAUAUUGAUUCCAAUGCUUCCCUCAGUUGUGUCAAGUUGACUUGAUGUCUUUUGGGUGGUGGACCAUUGUUGAUAUGCACAGUAAACUGCAGGUGUCCUUAAUGUUUUGUACACUCAGUUUAGGUCACUCUGGAAAACAUCAAAUGUAUCUUUGGAAUGAAAGAUGACUUUCCUUUGCAUUCAUUUCAAUCAGGUACCCUAGUUUUGGUAACGAUCAAUCUCAAGCCUACUGAAGUGAAGUUAUGACCGAUGUUCUAACAUUGAUGCAUAAUACGACAUGCAAGCUCAUCAUUUAAGACAGCAGCAGGAAGAAGUAGGCUAGGCUUCAUGAUGUGGCGUUGAAAAACCUGGACUGAAUGCAAACCGUCACUCUAUCCAGGGGCAGGAACAUGAGUGCUUUUAUUGGCUCCUUCCUGUGCUCUGGUGCAUUUGAUACAUGUGCCUUUCCGUUCUCCAAGUCAGGCUGUUUAGGGAUGUACUUCACAGAUGCUAGGGUUUAUGUCAUCCAUAAGUUGGACAUCUCCAAAGCAUGACAAUUUCAUCCAGUUGGAGUGUAAUUUCUACUAAGCCUACAUGUUGGCAACAUACCCUAUGCUCAAGGUCAAAAAGGUCAAUUCUUUCCCCCACAGUUAUCAAAUCAGAGGUGUCCAUUUAUAAUCACUGUUUGAUUUGUGCUUUUAGUUUUGGUCAAAGUAGAUGACACCCCUCACAGUGGAUUGUAACACAGACAAUACUUUGUCUUCCUUUGUCUGUAGAUAUACAGUACCAUGAUAUAUGGGUUGUCAUCUUGAUAGGUUUAUCCCUUCUGUUGAGUGUGUUGGUUGGGUAGGAAAUGGAAAAUAACACAGCUCAAGUGCUUUGUACACGUCACUGAGUUUUGCUGAUCAAUUUGGGCAAUGCAGCAAUAAGAAGUGAAACGUGUUGAGCUCAACAGCCCCUGAGUUAGAUUGAGCACAACAUAUAGUGGUUCCCUCAGGUACUGUGUUACAGCCCCAUUGUAGGUGUUAUUACAUAACACUUUAUUAUUGCAUCAGGCUGGUAUUGGAUUAAUACUGUUUGACAGUUAUAACUCAACUAUCCAUAUAGCCCUUGUGGUGUUAUUUAGCCUUGCUGAAAUAUUAUGCUACUAAGGUGUCUAAUGGAAUUGGAAAACGUGUUGCCCUUUGGAACUGCCCAUGCACUCCACACACCUAUGUCACAAUUGAUUUCAUUAUUUGUCACUUAGGCUCCACGUGUCUGGGAGUGUUACGUAUUCAGGGAUGAAGAGAGGUUUAAAACUAUUGUUUCUCCAUCUAUGGCUCUGCUUAUCAUAGUGCUAUAUCUACCCAACUACAUUUCCACUCAACCAAUGCUUUAACCAUUGAAAAUAGGGUUGCAAAGCUACCUGUAGUUUACCAAAGUUACCAGAAUCCUUAUUAAUUUAGGUAAUUAACAGAAAAUAUAUGGCAAUCUAUUGUAACUUUGGUCAUUUAUACUUGAAUAACUUAAAAAAAAAAUGUAUUCAUAUAUAGUAUUCCUGUUUUUUUUUAAAUAUCUGUAUCCAUAUUGUCCAUGAGUUUCUAGUAUAUAGACCAUACGGUUCAAGAGAAAAUAGUCUUAUUAAUGAAAAAUCAACAAUGGCAUUAUUUAGAUUUAACUCUGCAACUCUUCCAACUAUUGACUUUUGUUUUACAACUGCCACCAGUUUGAUGCAAAAACAUUGACAACAAAUACAUAUUGACAUAGUAAAAUAAAUAUAUAUAUAUAUACACUACCAGUAAAAAGUUUUAGAAGACCUCCUCAUUCAAGGGUUUUUCUUUAUUUUUGACUAUUUUCUACAUUGUAGAAUAAUUGUGAAGACAUCAAAACUAUUAAAUAACAAAUAUGGAAUCAUGUAGUAACCAAAAAAGUGUUAAACACAUCAAAAUAUAUUUUAUAUUUGAGAUUCUCAAAUAGCCACCCUUUGCCUUGAUGACAGCUUUGCACACUCUUGGUAUUCUCUCAAACAGCUUCACAUGGAAUGCCUUUCCAACUGUCUUGAAGGAGUUCCCACAUAUGCUGAGCACUUGUUGGCUGCUUUUCCUUCACUCUGCGGUCUGACUCAUCCCAAACCAUCUCAAUUGGUUGAGGUCGGGGAAUUGUGGAGGCCAGGUCAUCUGAUGCAGCACUCCAUCACUCUCCUUCUUGGUAAAAUAGCUCUUACACAGCCUGGUGGUGUGCUGGGUCAUUGUCCUGUUGAAAAACAAAUGAUAAUCCCACUAAGCCCAAAGCAGAUGGGAUGGGGUAUCACUGCAGAAUGCUGUGGUAGCCAUGCUGGUUAUGUGUGUCUUGAAUUCUAAAUAAAUCACCGACAGUGUCAUCAGCAAAGCACCCCCCCACCAUAACACCUCCUCCAUGCAUUACGGUGGUAAAUACACAUGCGGAGUUCAUCCGUUCACCCACACCGCGUCUCACAAAGACAUGGCGGUUGGAACCAAAAAUCUCCAAUUUGGACUCCAGACCAAAGAACACAUUUCCACCGGUCUAAUAUCCAUUGAUAGUGUUUCUUGGCCUAAGCAGGUCUCUUCUUCUUAUUGGUGUUCUUUAGUAGUGGUUUCUUUGCAGCAAUUCAACCAUGAAGGCCUGAUUCACACAGUCUCCUCUGAGCAGUUGAUGUUGAGAUGUGUCUGUUACUUGAACUCUGUGAAGCAUUUAUUUGGGCUGCAAUUUCUGAGGCUGGUAACUCUAAGGAACUUAUCAUAUGCAGCAGAGGUAACUCUGGGUCUUCCAUUCCCAUGGCGGUCGUCAUGAGAGUCAGUUUCAUCAUAGCGCUAAAUGGUUUUUGCGACUGCACUUGAAGAAACGUUCAAAGUUAUUGACAUUUUCUGUAUUGACUGACCUUCCCAGAGUCGCCUCUUCACUUUUGACAUUGAGACUGGGGUUUUGCGGGUACUAUUUAAUGAAACUGCCAGUUGAUGACUUGUGAGGCGUCUGUUUCUCAAACUAGACACUCUAAUGUACUUGUCCUCUUGUUCAGUUGUGCACUGGGGCCUCCCACUCCUCUUUCUAUUCUCGUUAGAGCCAGUUUGUGCUGUUCUGUGAAGGGAGUAGUACACAGCGUUGUACGAGAUCUUCAGUUUCUUGGCAAUUUCUCGCAUGGAAUAGCCUUCAUUUCUCAGAACAAGAAUAGAUUGACAGGUUUCAGAAGAAAGGUCUUUGUUUCUGGCCAUUUUGAGCCUGUAAUCCAACCCACAAAUGCUGAUGCUAAAGAAGGACAGUUUUAUUGCUUCUUUAAUCACAACAACAGCUUUCAGCUGUGCUAACAUAAUUGCAAAAGGGUUUUUUAAUGAUCAAUUAUCCUUUUAAAAUGAUAAACUUGGAUUAGCUAAAACAAUGUGCCAUUGGAACACAGGAGUGAUGGUUGCUGAUAAUGGGCCUCUGUACGCCUAUGUAUAUAUUCCAUUUUAAUCAGUUGUUUCCAGCUACAAUAGUCAUUUACAACAUUAACAAUGUCUACACCGUAUUUCUGAUCAAUUAGAUAUUUUAAUGGACAGAAAAAGUUGCUUUUCUUUCAAAAUCAAGGACAUUUCUAAGUGACCUCAAACUUUUGAACGGUAGUGUAUAUUUAUACAUGUAAAUAUAUUUCACACUGAAACCCUCAUAUUAAACAUCAAUGGUAUUCACUCAAUUGAUUGUUUAUAUUUAGGACAAUGUUUUACAGCUUAUAUUUUACAUGUGAUACGGCUACACAGAGGGCCAGAGAUAAAUACAGACACCUGUGAUAAUCUGAGUGACUCAAAAGGGCCACCUGAUGUCUUGUGAUAAUUUUAGUAUCUUACAAUCAUUCAAAGAUACAAAAAUGUGGGUAGUUUACUAGUAAACUGAAGUUCUCCAGUAAUAUACCCUCCCUUUGCAACCCUAAUUGAGACCCAUGCUAUGUUCCUCUGCAUUUGACCACAUUCAAACUGAUACCUGUCACAAAAGAGAACGUGAGUGAGAUGACGGUCACUCAACAGGAAUCAUACAUCAUUCCAUAAAUAAAUGAACUAUUUCCUUUUAAAACAGAAAAUAUAUAGACAAUAUGUUGUCAAGUGUGAAAUGACUCAAUUUGGCUAUUUUAUGGAUAUUGUUAUUUCUAUUAUUGUUGCAAUUGUAAUUAUUUUAUUGUAAAAAAAACGUGCUGCUCUUGUAAUGUUGACUGUACACCCAAGUGAAAUAAAAAAUACAGCAUUGUAAUUUUAAUACAAA